UCGCCGUGGCGACAUCUGUCGUCAUUUACGCGUAUUAUCUCUUCUCGUGUGUGGACCUGUCAAACACCGUCAGGAAGUCAGAGCUAUCGUCGAAUGUUACAAACACCGGGAUGCCACACUUCUGCCGGUGGAGACCGCCGUUUGCUGGCCAAUCCUUGGAACCGAAAUCGGCUCAAACUCGAGACGACGCUCCGAGGAGGAAUUGUAGGAAAAAGACAAACUUGGCGUUCAUCAAAGUGCACAAGGCGGGCGGGACGACCAUGUGUCAGCUCUUCUUCAGGUUCGGGCUGCGCCAUCGCCUCAACUUCGUCCUGCCAAACAGCAGCAGUGAUACCAAGGCCUUUAACCUAGGCUGGCCACGUCCGUUGAAGAAACGGCAGUACCUGAGGCGGAUAGACGGAGAGCCCUUCAACAUCCUGACGAACCACGCCGUGUACAGACGGGACGUCUUCAGGAACAUCAUGCCGAACGACACCGCUUACCUGGCUAUCUUACGGGAACCCUUCAGCCAUCUGAAGUCGGCUAUGAACUUCUAUCAUUUACGGAGGAAAUUCCAUCUGCCUAAGAACAACACCAUCCCGGCGUUACUACAGCAGCCGAGUUUCUACGAGGACUAUUGGAGAAGUAGGAUAAAGCAGCCAUUUUCUUACACGAACCUGAUGUCGUUUGACAUGGGGAUCAACUUUUCUGCACGCCUUAAUACUGAGUACGUGAAAUCCUACGUCACACAACUGGAGCGGGAUUUCCGUCUGGUGCUGAUCCUGGAGUACCUUGACGAGUCGCUAGUCCUGCUGAAGAGGUACAUGUGCUGGGACAUGGAGGACAUCCUAUACAAGCCGAAAUUAUAUCCAGAAAGGUGA